CCGAUACAAGAUGGCGGAUAAAUUGGGAGGGAGAGGCGGAGGCAGGUCCGAAUUGAAUAGAGCAAAGGCUAUACAAGGUUCCCAACAAACCUCUAUAAGGACAGGACAGAUGAGGAGAGAUGUCAAGUGAGAACCACGGGACAGUGAAGGGGGACACUGCUUUGGUGAUGUCUCCCACAGGCUCUGUCACACAGGGGUCUCCUGUCUCACCUUCAACUAGCAAGCCCAUGCCAGAUUUGCCAGACGAGCUCGUCCAGGCCGGCUGGUCGAAAUGCUGGAGCAAGCGGGAGAAUCGGCCCUACUGGUUCAACCGCUUCACCAAUCAGUCGAUGUGGGAGAUGCCAGUCCUGGGGCAGCAUGAUGACAUUUCCGACCCGCUGGGUUUGAAUGCUGCCUCAGCGGAGGGGGCAGGUGACGCCGGCGUGGGCAACGGGCAGCGCAAGAGACACCUGUCGGAGGAGGCCGCCCAGGGUGGUCUUAACAGCUUCAAGAGGCCCAAGAUUGAGAUUGGUAUGCCUGUAACCCCAACGACCCCCACAGUGCCCAUCUCACCCAUUACCCCCAGGGCAAAGCAGUGGAACUCUACCACAGGCACAGAGGACAAGCCAGGUCAGCCGGCAUCGGCCCUAUACCGUCCCACCAUAAUAUACUGGGACCUGGACAUUCAGACGAACGCAGUGAUCAGAGAGCGAGCCCCCGCCAACCAUCUACCUCCCCACCCGGAGAUUGAGCUCCAACGCGCCCAGCUCACCACCAAGCUACGGCAGCACUACCAAGAGCUCUGCUACCAACGAGAAGGUAUCGAGCCCCCACGGGAGUCUUUCAACCGCUGGCUGCUGGAGCGUAAGGUGCUGGACAAAGGGCCUGACCCCCUACUGCCCAGCGAUUGUGACCCCAUCAUCUCCCGGUCCAUGUUCAGAGAGGUCAUGAAUGACAUCCCCAUCAGGUUGUCCCGCAUCAAGUACAAAGAGGAGGCCCGAAAGCUCUUAUUCAAAUACGCUGAAGCUGCCAAGAAAAUGAUUGACUCGAGAAACGCCACACCAGACAGCCGGAAGGUUGUGAAAUGGAAUGCGGAGGACACCACGAACUGGCUACGGAGAGACCACUCAGCCAGUAAAGAAGACUACAUGGAUCGUCUGGAGCACUUGCGGAAACAGUGUGGUCCCCAUGUAACGGCGGUAGCCAAAGACUCUGUGGAGGGAAUUUGUACAAAGAUCUACCACAUCUCAGUAGAGUACGUGCGACGUAUUCGCCAAGCCCACCAGACCCUGCUGAAGGACUGCAACAUCACGGACCCAGAGGCAGCCGAGGUGCAGGACAGGCUGGUGUACUGUUACCCCGUCCGUCUGGCCCUGCCCUCACCGAACCAGCCCCGCGUGGAGCUGCACUUUGAGAACGACAUCGCCUGCCUACGCUACAAGGGAGAGAUAGUCAAGGUCAACCGCGGCUACUUCGCCAAGCUGGAGCUCUUAUACCGAUACAGCUGUAUCGAUGAUCCCAGGUUCGAAAAGUUCCUGUCACGAAUAUGGUGCCUUAUUAAGAGAUACCAGGUGAUGUUUGGCGCUGGGGUGAAUGAAGGGAUGGGCUUACAGGGGGCCCUCCCUGUGCCUGUCUUUGAGGUACUCAACAAACAGUUUGGGGUGAGCUUUGAGUGUUUCGCCUCGCCGCUCAAUUCCUAUUUUAAGCAGUUCUGCUCGGCUUUCCCUGACACCGACGGCUUCUUUGGCUCUAGGGGGCCCUUCCUGAACUUCUCACCGGCCAGUGGCUCCUUCGAGGCCAACCCUCCCUUCUGUGAGGAGCUGAUGGAUGCCAUGGUGACACACUUUGAGGAACUAUUGGAGAAGUCCAGUGAGCCCCUGUCCUUCAUCAUCUUCGUCCCGGAGUGGCGAGAUCCACUGACCCCGGCCCUCAACCGCAUGGAGACCAGUGCCUUCCGCCGCCAUCAUAUGUCGGUGCCCGCCUUUGAGCACGAGUACCGCAGCGGCUCGCAGCACAUCUGCAAGAAGGAGGAGAUGUACUACAAGGCAGUCCACGGCACGGCGGUCAUCUUCCUGCAGAAUGAUGCCGGCUUCACCAAGUGGGAGCCCACGCCGGAGCGCAUCCAGGUGCUGCUGGCAGCCUACCAGGUCUCCCAGCGAACAUUGGGCUCCCCAGUUCCCUCCUCCACCUCCUCUGCGCCCACUAUGCCCUCCCCAGCCAGUGCGGGGGUGUCGGGCAACAAAGACUCUACUGCCGCCAAGACGGCACCUGAGCGAUCGGCCAGUUUGGACACAUCACCCGCUAGCCAGGAAAACAGCAGUACUUCUAGUCCUCUGGAAAAUACUACACCACCUUCUGAGGCAGCCAGCCUUUAAAAGCAGGGGAGGGGACAUGGGUGAGAGUAAGGUGCGUUUUGGGGAUGGGGGACCCUACAACUGGUACUGAGAGAGUGUGUGGUGAGGAUUUGGCCCUGGACUACACAGGCGCUUGGGUAGCCUACGAAGGAGGGCCUCCCCCCUAAAAUAGGUUUACUUUCUCUGCCUCGACUAUUUAAUAUUAGUUCUACUAGGUUUUUAUGAUUCUGCUCGUUAUUUACAAUAUCUGUUGUUGCUUUUUAUCAAUGUAGCUAGUGGUAGUGGUUUACUAGAAUUUAUUUUUCCAUCAUUGUUGCUGUCAUUGUCAGUAAUUAUUGGGUAAUUAUAUUCCUUGUUCAUUGGCCUUUUGCCCGUAGAGUGCGUCCAAAAUCAGGGUGCCAUUUGGGACAUGCAUUGUGAUCUGCUCCCGGACAGCAGGACUUGGUUGUCGGUUUUGACGUGUGGAAUUGAAAA